AUGAGUUUUUUAUUCAUUUACUGGAACCAUCCCAAUUUCAUCGAUCACUUGCAAGAAUUCCUCGCGUCGCGGUCGCGUUGCGGUCAGUCUCUUUAGAGUAACCGCGUCGCAACCGCAACGCGUUGAGCCAUUCCCUGUGUGACCAACUUUUGAAAAUCGAUCCCGUUUUAUCGACCCCCGUCAAAUUUCCUCAUUCUCAGCUUGGUUUACCCAGAAUUUAUUGAUUGAUUUUUCAGCCUACACACUCCCGAGCGGACAAGCUCAGCAACAGCGACGUCUAGCCAGCUCCCAGCAGCACCUCUCGAGUGUCGUCGGAAGCCAGCAGAACCUCCAGCAGCAGGUCUCCUCGCCCUCCUCGACCUCGUCCUCGUUCUACCAGCCACCGGCGCCACCACCCCGUGGACACUACCUUCAGCAGCAGUACUCCUGCCCCGCCACCGGCGAUCGACCUUAUCAACAGUACCAUCAGCAGCCCCAACAGCAGCCCCAGAGACACUACGACUACGGAACUUUGCCCUAUCCGCAUCAGGUGAAUUUUUUGAAAAAGCUUGGGUUGGGUGCUUGUCUGGGGUGCGAAGGGUCACGGGUUCGAUCCGUGACCCAAGCUGAGGGUUUAAAAAUUUUGGUAGUGAUAACCAUUUCGAUUUUUUGAAUAUUAUUGUUCCGCAACUACUUUUUCUACCACAUUGGUUUUUUUGAAAAUGGAACGAAAUCCUAUAAUUUUUAUUAGGUUCUAGUACCCCCCUUUUUUUGGACUAGUAUUUUUUUGGAGGGGCGGGGGUUGGAGAGCUAGGAGUUUUUUGAGGGGGGUUGGGGAAACUAGGAUUUUUUUCGGGGAGGGUAGGUGUUAAAACAACAUUCAUUGUUAGUAGUUGAUCAAGUUGAAAACGUGGACCUUAAGAAGCUCAGAUAGCGCCGCUGGAGCUCAGAAGUCGUGCUCUAGGUGGAAGCCUCGAAAUGAGCCCAGCACUACCCAGAAUUUUCCUUAUCAUAGUUAUAUUUCUUCCUAGGGGUACUCGCAGUCGCAACUGCGCGCCUCGAAAACGAUGAUUGACGUGCUGGCGCCGAUGCGCAGCGACGCUUCGGCCGGCGCCGCCACAGCCGCCGUCGGAAACCUUCCCUCCACCGCCAACUCCGUCAUUGGUACGUCUUUUUUUCAAUUUUUUAACCCGUUCAAGAAGAAGUUGCGCUUCGGAUCGGGACUCAAGAACAUGAAUAA